AAGCUGAAGCCUGUUUUGGUAAAACCGUUACCAAAAUCUUAAACGAAAACCAACUAAAAUCUAAAACCCUGAACAAUGGACAUAGCCCUCUUCUCUCCGUCUUCGCUCUUCGCCGGCGACGGCGACUCCGACUCCGACUCCGGCUUCGAUUCCACUUCAGACAAGGGAAAUAAUGAAGCCCUGGAAAAUUAUGUAGAGAGAAGGCACAGUUUUCCCGGAGUGGAGUUGGUUAUUAGAGAAUUUUCAUUCCAUCAAUUUAAUGCCAAUUUACUAUGGCCAGGAACAUUUUCUUUCGCUGAAUGGUUAGUUGAGCAUAGGUUAGAUUUAGAUGGCCGCCGUUGCAUUGAAUUGGGAAGUGGAACGGGAGCUUUGGCUAUUUUUCUUGGCAAAUCGUUUAAUCUUGAUAUCACAACAUCAGACUACGAUGAUCAUGAAAUUGAAGAGAAUAUUGCUCAUAAUUGUAGGGUGAAUGGAAUCAAACCUGCUCUUCCUCACAUAAGGCAUUCAUGGGGUGAUGCCUUUCCAACUGCCGAUCCUGAUUGGGACUUGGUUAUAGCUAGUGAUAUCUUGCUAUACGUGAAACAGUAUCCCAACUUGAUUAAAACACUUUCGUUUCUCCUUAAAUCCUACAAGCCAAAAAGUGACAAAGUAGUGAAAGAAAUUAAGCAGAAUGAAGGAACAUAUAUAAAGCUUCCGCGGCCAGCAUUUUUAAUGAGUUGGAGACGCAGAAUUGGCAAGGAGGAUGAAUCUCUAUUCUUCACUGGGUGUGAAGCUGCUGGCCUAGAAGUUGAGCAUCUUGGAUCCCGUGUCUACUGCAUCAAACCUGUAGAUGUGCCGGCAAAGAACUGAAUGAAACUCAUUACAUGAUUACGAGCAUGAAAUUGUUACAACUUGCCUAUCAAUUUUCCAGGUGGACUCUGUGAAUGACAUUGACCGGCAGAUUUCCCUCCGAUGCCUCUGAAACUUUUGAUAUGCUCUGAGGAGGUAGCAAUGCAGCAAUUCCAUAUAUGUUCCUGGUUACAACUUCCUGUCCACAAUGCGAAUCCAGGUGCUGUAUUAUGGAUUUAUGCUCCAUGCUUUUGUGCUAUAUUUAAGCUGCCAUACAGAAAUUUGGAGUGGAUUGUAAUUCUUUUAUGCGCUUGUAUUUGAGUGUUUUUAAUUCAUAUCCGCUAAGCGACUAUGCGGAUAUCCGAGUCUCAGUUGUUGUGGCUGCCUUGUGAUCUUUAAAGUAUAGCUAUGUCAUUUUAAUGCAACUUUGCCAUUUUCAUCCACAAAGUUUAUAAAGUAUAGCUAGACUGUAUCUUAUUUAUAUUUAAA